UCAAUUAUUUGUUUUACAGUUUUAAAAGUUUUGAAGUUAUUAUACUUAUUAUUCCAUGAUAAAUUAAAACAGAAAACAAGCCUCACAUUGUUUUCGAAAUGAUGAAAUUAUAAUUAAUGCUUUUUCGAAUUGCAAUUAUAAUUUAAUAACUUAAAAAAUGUCUGUCUUAGUUAUAGCCGUAGCUACAGAAAGUGGCGUACCCAUAUUUUCGAGAAAACGAGGGAACAGCGAAAAUAUACAAUUCUCAACAAUAGCUUCUCUACAUGGAAUCAACAUGUUCAGCAAAUGCCAUAACUUAUUAAUGGUCAACACUCAAGUAGACAAUGGAAAUAUUUUGUGGAAGGAAUAUAGCAAAAGUGUCACACUAAUUGGAGUUGCAACAGGCGGUUUAGAGUGUGACUUGGAGCUCCUACUCUCCACUGUCCAUAAUCUAAUGAUAUUCAGCAUUGGUAAGAAAGAGCUAGACAGUUUUAAGAACAUUGAUCAGAUAAAGAGAGACUUGCGUCAGUGCUACCCGAUUCUAGACUAUUUGCUGGAGUCUAUAGAUCCAGAAGCGGUGCUUAGUCCUCACCCCACAUUAGUAUUGGAUCUGAUUCAGAGUAUAUUGUGCCCUCAAGCUCAGCAACUGCAGCAAGCAUUAGACAACUACGCUGUGAGCGUGACUGGUCGCUGGGCCUGCCUCAGCAUCCACGGCCACUUGGUAGCUACAAGUUCGGACUUCGGUGAAUUGGAUCCGCGGGAGGCGAGACUGUUGCUGUUGUUGGCUGCCACCCAAGAUGGAGCUCCGUUAAGGGAGACGCCUGUCUACUUGCCGCAAAUAAGUCCUAAUGUGGCAUUCAGAGCAGUAACCUGCAAACUGCUAGCAGAUGUUUACAUACUAGUGGUGUGCGGAGCGACGCCGGCGCUCUCUCAGAUCGACGAAAUAGUGUUGCAGUGCUGGGAAGGCUUCGCGCAGGUUAUCAAGGACGCGAAGGUUGCCCAUCCGAGGAAUUUUCCGACGAGCAUUAAUUUCGAACCAUGUGUUUUGGGAAUUCUAUUAGUUAACACUAACAAUCAAAGAUGCGUAUUCUCUCGCCACCUUCACGCCACCAAUCAGAAGAGCCGAGGUAUGCCCGGCGCUCACAAGGUGGACAUAUUGAGAACUUUUUACGUCACUACGGCUAGGGAGCUGGCCCGCGAGGACAAAUCACGAAGUGGGGAAAUAGAUGAAUUAGAUGGAAUGUGCGAGGUUACGUGGGUGUCAGAAUAUCACAAAUGCCACGCCCGGAGAUCUGGAAACCUACUCUGUUGCGCGCUCUAUUCAUCUUUAGUUCCCAGUCACACAAUGAGAUUAAUAACGAACCAAAUGAUUCAAGAUUUUUCUAUGAAUAAGGAGAUUCAUUGGUGAUCAGUAGGUAAUACCUAUUUGUAAACCAGCUAAGAGAAAAGCAAACACUAUGCCUUGUAUUCCGUCCAUACAAAUAAAAGAUCCA